CCUUUGUAGAAUUGUAGUGUUCUUUUCAAGUGUUUUUGAAUCAUACACCCAUAAAGUUUUUCAACUUGAGUUUCAACCCAUUUCUUCCUUUUUCCUUUUGAAGGAAUGUGGAUAAUUUCAAUGUGCAACCAUGGUAACAUAUUAUCCAUGGUUAUUUAUUAUUUCAAAUAGCAUAGUGACAUUUGGUUGGAAUGCUAUUAUCACACUAUAACAAUGGCUGAGAGGAAUGUGUCACACUCACAUUUCAAGGUUGUUUCUAGAAACUCCUUACUCUCCUUCUUUUCAUUGAUAACUAUGUUGUUCAUGAUGUCAUGGCUCUUCAUUCUCCGAUCCACCCGACCAGAGGACAAUCCUAAUGCGAUCGACCGCAAUGCGUUACCUGAUUCCAAUCAAUUCUCCACCAUCAACACCGAGUCUCCGUUUGGAAACCGUGCAAUCCUCGGCAAUGAACAAGAUUUAGAACCAACUAGCCAUGAGACUAAGAAAACAUUGCCUGAUGAAACAAAUGAUUCUGGAAAAUGCAGCACCAAACCAAGAACAAGUGGCAAAAAAAGUGUCCUGAAAAUUUUCAUGUAUGAUUUACCUUCUGAGUUUCAUUUUGGACUAUUGGAUUGGAAAGAAGAAGGGCAUGGUGUUUGGCCUGAUCUCAGAAGAAAAUUACCACAUUACCCCGGUGGAUUGAACUUGCAGCAUAGCAUAGAGUAUUGGCUUACUCUGGAUCUUCUUGCUUCAGAGCAACUACCUGAAUCCUCGGAUUCAAGAAGUGCAAUCCGAGUUCAUAACUCGAGCGAAGCUGACGUCAUAUUCGUCCCAUUCUUCUCUUCUCUGAGCUACAACCGGUUCUCACGAACCGAUCCGCACGAGAAGAGAAGCAAUAACAAGGUGCUUCAGGAGAAAGUGGUGAAAUUCGUGACGGCGCAAUUAGAAUGGAAGAGGUCAGGGGGGAGGGAUCAUGUGAUCUUAGCACAUCAUCCGAAUAGUAUGUUGGAUGCAAGGACGAAAUUGUGGCCUGCUACCUUCAUACUUUCGGAUUUCGGAAGGUAUCCUCCCAACAUUGCCAAUGUUGAGAAAGAUGUGAUUGCACCUUACAAGCAUGUUGUUGAAUGCUAUGAAAACGAUUCAUCUACCUUUGAUAGCCGUCCAACUCUUCUCUACUUCCAAGGAGCAAUAUAUAGAAAAGAUGGAGGGCACGUAAGGCAAGAGCUAUUUUACCUCUUAAAAGAGGAAAAGGACGUACACUUCUCAUUCGGGAGCGCUCAAAAAGGAGGAGUCAAGGACGCAUCCGCCGGCAUGCGGUCAUCGAAAUUCUGCCUGAACAUAGCCGGCGACACGCCGUCGUCGAAUCGCCUAUUCGACGCCAUAGCAAGCCAUUGUGUCCCGGUGAUCAUCAGCGACGAGAUUGAGCUCCCAUACGAGGAUGCAAUCGACUACACCGACUUCUGCAUAUUCGUCCGCACCAGGGACGCUCUCAAGAAAAGGUUCCUCAUAGAUUUCGUCAGGAGCGUUAAAAAGGAUGAGUGGACUAGAAUGUGGAACAGGUUGAAGCAGGUUCAAAAGUACUAUGAGUUUCAGUUCCCUUCCAAGGAAGCUGAUGCUGUUCAAAUGAUUUGGCAGGCUGUGGCACGCAAGGCUCCUCUCAUGAGGUUGAAAACAAACAAGUCUAGAAGAUUUUUUAGGUCUGUUUAUGGUACUAAUAUGGGCAAUGUUAGGGUUAAAUCAUCAUUACCUACACCCAAAAACUUUUGGUGACUGUGUUAUUUAUAUUUAUUUUUGUCUACAUAUUAAGUCAAUAUACAAAAUGGAUUUUAUAUGCUUAGCAGGUGGGGAUUCAAACAAGUAAUA